UUCGCAGUUUGAUUCUGGAAAGUAAAGGAACUCGAACAAGGCAAAGACAAUCUCUCUCUCUCUGUCUCUCCCCCCGAUGCGGCGUGGACUUCUUCUUGAUUUUCCUUUCGAUUCCGCACGACAAAUACCCAAAAAGGUUAAACUCAUCGAAAUCUUGAAAAGUAGAGGCGAAAAACAGGCCGAGCAGACAUUGUCUUUCCCUGCCUUUCCAGACACAGAAAGUACGAGAAAACAAAAGGGAAACGACCAGAGAGAGAGAGAGAGAGGGAAGGAGAGAUUUUCGUUUCGUUUGUCAGGAUGGCGGGCAACGACCAACCGCCGCCGCCGCCAUUUCACGCCAGGCCAACGGCUCCCGCGCGCCCCUCGCUAGCCCUCCCCCGCACCCCUCCGUUGACUCGCUCUUCGCCAGCUCCAGCGGCGGCGGCGGCGGUGGUGGCGGGGGCUGGCUGGGCGGGAUGGGCUUGGGACUCAGCCCGGGCCCCAUGACCAUGGUCUCCCACCUCUUCCCCGAUGGCGAGGACUGCAAGUCCUUCUCUCAGCUCCUCUCGGGCGCCACCGCGGCUUCUCCCACGGCUCAGUAUCUCGGCUUCUCCUUCCCCUCGGCCAGCAGCGCGCCCGAGAGGACCGCCGUCCUGCCCCCAGGAGAAUUGCGUUUCAAGCAGAGCCGUCCGGAUGGAUUGGCGGUCACGCAGCCGCUGUUCGCCAUACCACCGGGGCUGAGCCCGGGGGCUUUGCUCGACUCCCCCGGGACCUUCCAUCCUGUUCCGGGGCAUCUAGGAAUGUCAUACCAACACGGCUUCCUCCGCAUGGGCACUCAAGGUUUGCAAGCUCAGCCUCAUCACGUCCAAUCCGGGUAUGCAUCGGCAUCUUCCUCGACCGCUGCACUAUCCUUAGGAAGGAUGCAGUUUCCGCCCUUUGCAGUGAGCACGUCGAUGAUGAACCAGCAGAACCUGUCCUUGGAAGGACCGAAAAUUAUCGAGUCAGAACCCAUCGACUUCUCUCGCCCCGAUCAGAGACCUCCCGUGUCUUCAUUUGCCAUUGAUAAGCCUGCCGAUGAUGGCUACAAUUGGAGGAAGUAUGGUCAGAAACAGGUCAAGGGAAGCGAAUUCCCUCGGAGCUAUUACAAGUGCACGCACCCUACCUGUCCCGUCAAGAAGAAGGUUGAGCGCUCUCUGGAUGGCCAGAUAACCGAGAUAAUCUACAAGGGACAGCACAAUCAUCAGCCCCCCAAGGGCAAUAAGCGCGCGAAGGACUCUGGAGCUGCCAAUGGGAGUUCAGACGUUGAGGAAAGUUCUCAGAUUCCCCUUGGAUUGAUGCCUCAGGAUCCGGAAUCUAGCCAGGUCACACCUGCACAGUUCUCCGGGACCAGUGACAGUGAGGAAGUUGGCGAUGCUGAUACUGGAGCCGAUGAAGGAGAUGAGGAUGAACCUGAACCAAAGCGACGAAGCAUGGAGGUAAUGGCUCCGGAUGCAGGAUCUGUGCAUAGGACCAUCACAGAACCGAAGAUAAUCGUGCAAACGACGAGUGAAGUCGAUCUUUUGGAUGACGGCUAUAGGUGGCGCAAGUAUGGGCAGAAACUUGUCAAAGGCAACCCUUAUCCAAGGAGCUACUACAAAUGCACAACUACAGGAUGCAAUGUCCGGAAGCAUGUCGAGAGGGCUUCAAGCGACCCUAAAGCUGUCAUAACGACAUACGAAGGCAAACACAAUCACGAUGUUCCGGCUGCUAAACCGAGCAGCCACAGUGUCGCCAACAGCUACGCCUCACAGUCAAGACAGCAACAGAAUGCAGAACUGGAGAAGCAUGCCAUGUUCAGAACCAGUGCGCAACAGCAGCUGACGUCCCGUUUACGUCUAAAGGAAGAACAGCUAACCUAGGUUUCCUCGUCUGUGACCCCCGGAAUGUGGUGCAAGUAGCGCAGAGAUCUGUUUUUGAAGGAGGCUAUGACCAAAAGUUAAAUUUACUUUGCUCGAUUUUCCUUUUCAUACUGGGAGGCUGCAGAUUUUGGUCAAUGCCAAUUGCUCUGAUUUUUGCACAUAUUGAAUAAUACAUUGGGAGAAAAGUCGGAAAAAGCCGCUUCGAGGGCGAAUCGCCUGGGUCCGAGAGCUCUGGGGUACUAUUGUGCUGUAGUGUUAAGUGGUUAGAACCCUUAGGCUUUUUUAACAUGACUUGAUUUGAGAUUGUUUCACUUGGCUGCGCAUUCUUUCUGUACAUGGAAACGUAAGUGCUGUCCACAUAAUUUGUUUGGUGUUGCAGAUGACUCUUGAGUGAAAUUUCUGGUGUUUUCUCAUUCAA